UCUGUCCUGAGCUGCGGAGAGCUGAGCUCCGCGGGGCUGCGCUGCUUUUGUUCGCUGCCCAUCAUGGGGCGGCUCUGGCUGCUGCUGUGGUGCUUGGGCAGCGUCCCGGGCAGCGCCGGCGAGCACUACCAUUACCCUUACCCUUACCACUACCUCUGGAGGAGCUGCUACCCCUGCUACCUGGGUCGGGCUGGGCACGGAGCCGGGCACGCCGAGCUGAGGGCAGAUAUUGACGAGUGCCAGGUCCACAACGGGGGCUGCCAGCACAGAUGUGUCAACAGCCUGGGCUCUUACCACUGCGAGUGCAGGGCAGGCUUCCGCCUGCACGCCGACGGCAGGACCUGCAUCGCCGUGAACUCCUGUGCCCUGCACAACGGCGGCUGCCAGCAGGACUGCGUGCAGCUGGCCCCGGCGCAGCACCGCUGCCAGUGCCGAGCAGGCUACCAGCUGCAGGAGGAUGGCAAACGCUGCACCCUGAGGAACCCCUGCACGGAGAGGAACGGGGGCUGCAUGCAGCUCUGCCACAACCAGCGAGGGUCAGCGCGCUGCCAGUGCCACCCCGGCUACCGCCUGGCACCCGACGGCAAGAGCUGCGAAGAUGUGGACGAGUGCCUGGCUGGGCAGGCCCUGUGUGCCCAUCAGUGUCUCAACACCCAUGGCUCCUUCAAGUGCACCUGCAACCCCGGCUAUGAGCUGGGGGCAGAUGGCAAGCAGUGCUACCGGAUCGAGAUGGAGAUUGUCAACAGCUGCGAGGCCAACAACGGGGGCUGUGCCCACGCCUGCCACCACACCAGCUCUGGCCCCGUCUGCACCUGCAACUUCGGCUAUCGGCUGGAGGAGGACCAGAAGACCUGCACUGACAUCAACGAGUGUGCCAGCGGCGCUCACUGCUGCCAGCAGGACUGCUACAACUACCCUGGAGGCUACGAGUGUGCCUGCCAGGCUGGCUACAGGCUCAGCACGGAUGGCUGUGGCUGUGAGGAUGUGGAUGAGUGCUCCUCAAACAACGGGGGGUGUGAGCACACCUGCCAGAACCAGCAGGGCUCCUUCCAGUGCAGCUGUGACAUUGGCUACAGGCUGGAUGAGGACCGCAGGAGCUGCCUCUCCCUGGAGGACACCGUGGAGGCCCUGGAUGGCCGUCGCCCUGUCACCCUCCCCAUCCCUCAUGUGGCCAUCCUUCGAGAUGAGCUGACCCAGCUCUUCAACGACGACUAUGAGGAAGAGGAGGAAGAGGUGGAAGCAAGAGGAGAGCACACCCUGUCAGAGAAGUUUGUCUGCCUGGAGAACACCUUUGGUCCUGACUGCAGCCUGACCUGCGAGGACUGCCAGAACGGGGCCCGGUGCAGCACAGAGGGCAGCGGCUGCGAGUGCCCCGCGGGCUGGACUGGCAUCCUCUGCAACCACACCUGCCCAGAUGGCACCUUUGGGAGGAACUGCAGCCAGAGCUGCCGCUGCCAGAACGGUGGCACCUGUGACCCUGCCACCGGUGCCUGCCGCUGCCCGCCCGGGGUGGCUGGCGAGCUCUGCCAAGAUGGGUGCCCUAAAGGAUUUUAUGGGAAGCAAUGCAGGAAAAAAUGCAACUGUGCCAACCGGGGUCGGUGCCAUCGGAUCUAUGGAGCCUGCCUGUGUGACCCUGGCUUGUACGGACGCUACUGCCACCUGGCCUGCCCCAAGUGGGCCUUCGGUGCUGGGUGCUCUGAGGAGUGCCAGUGUGAACAGGACAACACCCAGGAGUGUGACAAGAGGGAUGGCUCCUGCCACUGCAAGCCAGGCUACCACGGCCAGCGCUGCCAGACCCGCUGUGCCCCUGGGUACUAUGGGGAUGGCUGCCAGCAGAGGUGUAGCUGCUCUGCAGAGGUGCCCUGCGACCAUGUCACCGGAGAGUGCCUGAAGGAAUGCCCCCCAGGCUACCAGGGGCAGAACUGCGACCAAGAGUGCCCACGGGGGACGUUUGGAGCAGGCUGCCAGGAGCCCUGCCUGUGUGGUGGAGCCUCCUGCGACCCCAUCAGCGGGCACUGCCACUGCCCACCCGGCUGGACGGGACACGACUGCGGCCAAGCUUGCCCUGAUGGUCGCUGGGGCCUGGGCUGCCAGGAGAUCUGCCCUGACUGCCUGAACAACGGCAGCUGUGACCCUGCCACGGGAGCUUGCCGCUGCCCCCCCGGCUACACUGGGCGCCGCUGCCAGGAGGUGUGUCCAGCAGGCUGGUUUGGGCCAGACUGCCAGCUGAGCUGCCACUGUGGGAACGAGGGGCACUGCCAUCCUGUGACGGGGACCUGCAGCUGUGCACCAGGCUGGACGGGACACAACUGCCAGAGAGCCUGUGAUGCAGGUCGCUGGGGUCCGGACUGCGCUCACCGCUGCAACUGCAGCAACAGCGACGGCAGCUGCAGCGCCGAGACCGGGCAGUGCCUCUGCGACGCCGGCUACACGGGCAGCCGCUGCCAGCACAAGUGCCCAGCAGGGUGGUUCGGGCUGAGCUGCCAGCACCAGUGCCAGUGUGACAACGGAGCUGCCUGUGACCACAUCAGCGGUGCCUGUACCUGUGCCCCAGGCUGGCGAGGGACCUUCUGUGAGCACCCCUGCCCUGAUGGGUUCUAUGGUCUGGAGUGCCAGCAAGCCUGCCACUGCCUCAACGGUGCCCGCUGUGACCACGUCACAGGCCAGUGCCACUGUGCCCCUGGCUGGGAGGGGCCUCACUGUGCCCAGGCGUGCCAGGAGGGCAGCUACGGCCAGAACUGCAGCCAGAGGUGCAGCUGCUCCAACGCCUCCUGCCACCACGUCAGCGGCCACUGCCUCUGUGCAGCUGGCUGGAUGGGACCCACCUGCCAGCAAGUGUGCCCGCCGGGGCUCUACGGGCAGGGCUGCCACCAGCGCUGCCUCUGCCAGAACGGUGCCACCUGUGACCCAGCCACGGGGCACUGUGCUUGUGCCCAGGGGUGGACGGGGCUGGCCUGUGAGCUGGCCUGUGCCCAGGGCCAGCACGGAGCAGGCUGCCAGCAGCUCUGCGAGUGCCAUCAUGGGGGACUCUGUGACCACCAGCAUGGGCACUGCCUCUGCCAGCCAGGCUGGACGGGAGAGAAGUGCCAGAGCCCUUGCCCAGAGGGGCGGUUUGGGGCAGGCUGCAAGGAGCACUGUGCCUGUGGGAACAACAUCUCCUGCCACCAUGUCACUGGUGCCUGUGACUGCCCCCCGGGCUGGAGGGGCCGGCGCUGUGAGAAAGCCUGUCUGCCAGGUUCCUUUGGGAAGAACUGUGCCAGUCGCUGUGCCUGUCCCCAGGGAGUGCCCUGCCACCAUGCCAGCGGCCACUGCGGCUGCCCGCCGGGCUUCACUGGCUCCGCCUGCGAGCAGGCCUGCCUGCCAGGGACCUUCGGUGAGGGCUGUGCUCAGAUCUGCCAGUGUGCUGGAGCCACCCAGGAGUGCCACCCUGUCACUGGGCAGUGCAUCUGUGCCCCUGGCUUCCAUGGACCUGCCUGCCAGCUGGAGUGCUCCCCUGGCUGGUAUGGCAGGGACUGCCAAAGGCCCUGCCAGUGCAGGAAUGGAGGCCUGUGUGACCCUGCCACGGGGACCUGCCACUGCCCUGCUGGCUACAUCGGUGCUGACUGCAGCGUGGAAUGCCCUGCUGGGCACUUCGGCCAGGACUGCGCCAGGCUCUGCUCCUGCGGGGAAGGUGCCACCUGUCACCCUGCCACUGGAGACUGUGUUUGCCCCCCAGGAAGGACUGGUCCCACCUGUGAGCAAGGCUGUGAGAAACACCAGUAUGGGGUGGACUGCCAACAGACCUGCUCCUGCCACAAUGGAGGUCUGUGUGAUGCAGCUAAUGGCUCCUGUUUGUGUGCCCCUGGCUGGACAGGGGCAUCCUGCGAGUUAGGAUGCCCUCCGGGAAGGUUUGGUGCCAACUGCCAGCUGCGCUGUGCCUGCCUGCACAAUGCCACCUGUGACCCGGGGACAGGAGCCUGCCAGUGCCCCAAGGGGCACUAUGGGCCCCUCUGUGAGCACAGCUGCCCCCCGGGGUUCCACGGAGCUGGCUGCCAGGAGCGCUGCGACUGUGGGCACGGAGCCAGCUGCGACCCUGCCACCGGCCGCUGCCAGUGCCCCCCUGGGCUGGCUGGAGAGCGCUGCCAGACAGGCUGCAGGGCAGGGACAUACGGCCUGGGAUGCCAGCAGCAGUGUGACUGCCCUGGCAGUGUGCCCUGCGAGCCGGCCACGGGGCGCUGCCUCUGUCCCCCUGGCAAAACGGGUGCCAAGUGUCAAUCAGACUGCCAACCAACCCAGUACGGCCCAGACUGCAGCCUGGCCUGCCAGUGUGCCCCCAGCAGCUCCUACUGCAAUGCCCAGAAUGGGCGCUGCCUCUGCCUCCAUGGGCACACAGGACCCACGUGUCAGGAAGGUGGCACACCUCCUCUGGCAGCAGCUGAGCAGCUCUCCUUGGGCCCAGUCCCUCCCAGCUCCCCUCCAGCCCCGAGGAGCCCCUGGCCAGCCAAGCACUAGGUCCUUGCAGCUCCCUCAGCAUCACCAAGCAGCCUCCUGAAGAAGCCAACGACCUGCCCAGCAAACUCGGACCACAGCAGCAGUUCCCAGCUCCCAGCAGCCCAGGACGGUGCUGUUGGGGUUGUCUGAGCAAGGCUGCAGCUCACCAGCUCACUCCAACUGCACAGGCUGGCUUCCAGGCAUGCCAGGAGGGCAAGAGUGCCAAGCCUGCUGCACAUCCUUGGCUGACAGCAGAAGGAACAGCUCAGAAGUGAUCACUUCUGGGCAGGCAGACAGUGGACAGUGGCAGCUGCGUGCUGGCCUUCAGCUUCUGGGUGCUAGGCUUGGGGAGGGGGCUGGAAUCAUGCUCCAAAGGAGGUAUUUAUGCAACAGUAUUUAUGGGAAGCUGUUGGACAGCCUGCUCAGAACUGCUGGUGGCAUGGCCCUGCCCUCCUCUGGAAGUGCCACCUCACUUGGGUGUUGUUUUGGAGUUGGAUUUACAAUGCUUAUUUUACUGUAAAGCAGCAGCUGCUGGAGGGGGCAAGGAGGGAGCUGAGGGGAGCAGGAGCUGGGCUGUCACACCAGCAGCACAUCAGCCCAGCAGGGCUGCUCAGGGCAUUUGCUGCACCAAACCCAUCAGCCUAAGGGGCAAGAGGGAGAGGAGCUGUGUGCAGACACCAAGCUCUGGCUGGCCCUCCCUCGGCCCCAGCACUGGACCCUGCCUUGCUUCCAGUUGGAUGCAGGAGCUGGGAUGGGGGCUAGAGGGCUCCUUCCUUGCUGGAGCCCUAGAGCAGGCUGCCCAUAGGGGUUGUGAACUCUCCUCCUUUGGAGCCUCUCAAAGCCCACCUGGAUGCAUCCCUGGGGCUUGGACUGGAUAAUCUCUGGAGGCCUCUUCCAACCCCUGCCCUUCUGUGAUCCAGCACCAGGCUGGGCAGUGAAGGUGGAGCCACAGGAAAGCCUCAGGUGCCACCUGCAGCAAGGAGGAGCCAGCAGAGCCUGGCAAGGGCUGACAGCCUGCCCCAGCCAGCCCCAGUCGUGGCUCUGCUCAAAGCUCUGGGGCAAAGGCAGCCUGAGAGCUGCCACUGGCAGCAGCAGCCAGGCUCUGCCAAGGGCACAGGAGCCUCCUGGCCCACCACAGCAGCUGCUGCUGCUGCAGCACAGCCCUGCCCAGGCACUUGGCCUUGAAAUGAUUCCCACCAGGGCCAACUGAAGAGACUCAAAGAAUUGUUUCUUCUCCUGGCAGGAUUGGUUUGAACCUGUACAGAACUUGUCAGUGUGUGCUCAGCCUUCUCUGCUUUCUUGCUCCCUUUCCAGCACUGUUUGCAUUAGAGCUCAUCCUUGGGAAGAAAUCAUCUUCUCAGGAGGCUGUAGUGAAGGACCAAAAGAUGGCACCAAGGUUGGAUCUUGUGUGGUUGCUAAGCAGGGAGCAGGAAGAUGUUGCCCAUGUGCCAAAUGCCCCUGAUCAAUCCUGCCAGGCUCCAGACAAUCACUCAGACCUUUCCCCCACUCCUUGCCUUCCAGUGACCUUUGCACCAUACAAAGGUUUCUCUUUGUUUCCUUGGCUGGUUGGGAAGUGAAGGCAGCCCCCAGGAGCCAGCAGCCCCUCCCCACCUGUCCUUCACCUUCACAGGCUCUGCAGGGCCCCCAAACAAAGGGCUGGACAAAGGCCUGGGAGCUGCUGGGGCCAGUUUAGGGCUGGCAAGUGCUGCCAUUGUGCCAGCAAGUGAUGCCACCAAGCUGUGUGUCCCAUCAGCAGCCCCUGUGCAUGCUGGCACUGGGCUCCAGCCCUGCUCUGCCUCCCUGCCCCUGCUCCAGGGGAGCCCCAGGAUGGGUCCAGUCCCACCCCAGCAGCCACCCUCAGCUGCAGGCACUGCAGGGCCUCUCUCUCUUUCAUAUCAGGGGGUGGACUUUUAUUCUUCUCUUCCUCUUUCUUACUGCACUUUGGGUUCCUCUCUUGGCCACCCUCUGUGGCUCUCUUUGGGUGCCACCUCCUCUGAUUCAGCACUGAUGAGAAGUUUUGGUUCCUCCACAGUUCAGAGCAAUAAACAACCGAGCCUCA